AUCUAUAUGUGGUUUUUUUCAGCUUAAACUAGUGGCAGCUGUAUUACUGAGAUAGCCUUGAUACAUGUAAAACGACAAUGGUUGAAAGGCAAAGUAUCAGUGUUUUAUCAGAGGGGGUGUACGAUGGAUUGUGCAAGAAGGUGGGAUCACCGUUUCAGAUCGAAAUAAGAAGAUCUGCGAUGGACCUGGGGGAGAUGAUUUCAAAUAAUGAUAAUUCCUCUCAAUGCUUGUAUGAUUUCGUAGUUUUUAUGCUUAUGGGAAGCCGAAGAGAGGGAUUUGUAUUCUCUGAUUCCGAUUUUGACGUCAUGUUUUAUUCACCACACUUUCUUAUACUAACAGAGGAGGAACAGAAAGGUUUGGUUCAAAAAGCUAUCGAAAACGGAUUUCAAGUUCUUAAAUUCGUGAAUAGUCGCCCUGGAUUUUGCUUCCUUCAGAUUCCUUCAAUAGAUGAAACUUUGUUGCCAUCGAUUUUUCAGAGUUUAUGGAAAUUAAUAAAUUCUCAAGAAAGUACCUGGAGUUUUUAUAGAGAGAUGAUAAAUAAUCCUUUAUUGCCAUUAUUGUUACCAGAAAACCUCAGAGUACACGAUGGAAAUGUAUUUCUUUUGAGUUCAGGUCUACGUCAAUUGGGGGAAAAUAUUCAUCUCCAUCGCACUUCUUUGGGAUUCGAGUCAUCUGCUCAUGGGCCAUGCAUGAAGAUUAAACAAUAUGAUUGCACUGACGUUGAUAUAACUUCCUGUUUAAAAUGCAAUAUUUGGCCUUCAUCGACAUCUUGGACAUCGAGAGGCAAGAACUGGCCACCAGCGAGUGUUGUUCAUGAAAUCUUAACAAGUGGCUGCCAUCUUGUUCCAAUUGGGAGUAAACAGUCGAUUGAGGAAGAUAAGGAAUGGAGAAUAUCCUUUUCAUUGGCCGAGUAUAAGUUAGUGAAAACUAUGAACCAUUGUCAGUUUUUAACAUAUGGGCUGAUGAAAUUGUUCUUGAAAGAGGUGAUCAACAAAGACGACAACAACCCUGUACUCUGUUCUUAUUUCUUGAAAACAGCCAUGUUUUGGGAAAUUCAAGAAGAAAAAUACGUUUGGUCGGUGCAAACAUUGAUGCAUUGCUUUUGGUCUUGCUUUAAACGAUUAGUGCAUUGGGUGCACGAGGAAUAUUGUCCCAAUUUUUUCAUACCAGAGAACAAUAUGUUUUGUGGAAAAUUAUCCGUAGUAGCAAAAAAUUCAUUACUUUUUAGGCUCAAUUCUUUGUAUGAGGAAGGUUACAGUUGCAUUUUCAAUAGUUCCACUGUGAGUUCCUUCUUGAAUGAUAGGGAUUUAUUUAAUCCUAAUCGUGCACUAAAUUUCAAAGCUGAGGUAAUUGAGGUUCAGAAUGAUAUUCAUUUUUUCUCAGAAAUUGAUCAAUUUCAUCUUGUAAGGUUUGGAUUAGUUGGCUUAAAAGAAGUUAACUUGCAUGGAACUCUACGAAACAUAGCAGGUUUGUCACGUAGAAAUAAGUUAGUUUGCAGUGAUCUUGUUAUUACUACAAAAUAUCUUUCGCAAUCUCUUUUCUUCCUUAUCUACAGGAAACUGUUCAAAUAUCCAAAAGGAAACCGAGUGUAUUUAAUGCACGGACGAUUGCUUCAGAUUUAUCAUGACGUAAUGAGAUUUUCGGAUAUAACAACCUUGUUAUACUACGCCAUCUUGAUAUUUGAGAGAAACGACAUCAGAACAACACUCUCCAUCAUUGCCAGGGCCAAAUCCAAGUUAGCACAGCCCUAUAUUCUUUACAAUUAUUCCGGCAACAUAUCAAAAUAUCGAGAAACUUUUGCAGGAAAGUCUCUUUUUGUUAAAUUUAUGAAGGCUUCACUGACAGAUGUUUUUGUACCCCACAAGAUUUUAUUCGAGGGUAUGUUCUGGGACUUACUCAAUGACAAGGAAACGGAAAAAUAUGGGAACGAUGUAGAGUUCUUAAAAGUUCCACCUCUAAUCAUCUUGAAAACACUGGAACUGUUCUGCUAUAACCGUAUGAAUGAUUCAAAACGAUUCGACUCCUUACACAGUUUAUAUUUCUUGGUGCAUUUCGACAAGGGAGAACACAUACCUAGUGGAUGUACCGAUAUAUCGUGGUAUAUGUUAGGUGUAUGUCAGAGAAUCUGUGGUGAUGUCCAAGGUGCCAUUAGAUCUUUUCAAAGAGUUUUAAGUUUGACGAACCCCAAAGGAUUUCUUGCAUUGUCCAUCUCUGAUCAAUUAAGAUAUUGUACAUGUACCUAAUUUAUUUCUGUCAUUUCAUCGUUUCAAAAUAGUUGAUUAUAAUAUGAUCUAUGCAUUAUCAAUACCCGAAACCAAAUAUGCUAAAACUUAUUUUACGAAUAUUUUAGAAAAAGGCAA